CUGCCACGACUAGCCUGACAAGUCCACAUUUUGAUUAACAAUACUAAAAGCCUUGUAGUGUCAGUAUGGUUAAUUUAUACUAAAAGCCUUGUAGUGUCAGUAUGGUUAAUUUAUCUAGGUCAAUAUUUAUAGAUGUAAAUAUUUAGCGAUCUACUUUUCUAAUUUCUAAGCAAAAAAAUAAUUUUAGUUCAGUAGGCCUAAUCCCAAAUUUGUUCAUUGAUUUGUCUAAAAAUAGAAUUGGGAAUUCAUUAUUGUAUUGUUCGAUUAUUUCCCUUUUAAAUCUUGUGUUUCCGGCAAAUUACGAAAAAGCGGCAGAGUGCAUGGAAAUAUAACCUAAUGCCGAUAUCUGACAUCUAGAUCUGGACUUCGUUAAAUUACUUUAUCACUUAGGUUACAAUAAAAAGAGUGGAGUUAAAGCUGGAGGAUAGUAUCACCAGCUGACUGCCAUGAUGUCACUUUUAAACCCAGGAAUGCCACCCCUGUCACAUCAAGAUAUUUUGGACAAUGCUGGUCGGCAGGUGGACAGAUACAUGCAAGAGGAUCGUUCAUAUUUAGAUCUGGCUGAUCUACUCUGCAUUCCCUCUGACAGUCACGCAAGUCUUAGUGGACUCUACAAUCAUGAUUAUCCUAACUUAUCUGAAGUGGGAGUUUAUCUUGAUUCUUUGUCUGAAAUCACUGUUGAGAAAAAAGUACCACUACCUCCAGAGUUAUUGGAACAAUUUGGAAGAAUGCAGUGCAAUUGUAUGAUGGGUUUGUUUCCAGAAAUAGAACGUGCAUGGUUGACUGUUGAUAGUGAUAUCUUUGUCUGGAAAUAUGAUGAUGGUUCUGACCUGGCAUACUUUGAUGGAUUAAGUGAAACAAUUCUUAGUGUUGCCCUAUUGAAACCUAAACCUGACAUCUUCCAGCCUCACAUCCAGUACCUGAUGUGUCUAGCAACACCUGUUGAUAUUGUUUUACUUGGAGUCAGUUUUUUCAAAGCAUUAGAUGGUGGGAGCGGUGACCAUAUUGGAGGUGAAAUGCACCUUCUUCCAGACCCCCUCUUCUCUAUCCCAACUGAUGGGGUCUACAUAACCAACAUAGUGGGGGCAGACAAUGGUCGCAUAUUUAUGGCAGGAAAAGAUGGGUGUCUCUAUGAGUUAAUUUACCAAGCUGAAGAUGGCUGGUUUAGUCGCAAGUGUAGAAAAGUCAACCAUUCAACAAGUUCACUGUCAUUCCUCAUUCCAUCCUUCCUUAACUUUUCUUUUAGUGAAGAUGAUCCAAUAGUUCAAAUAAGCAUUGACAAUACUCGGGGGAUUUUGUAUGCACGUACACAAAAAGGAACUAUACAAGUGUUUGAUCUUGGAGAAAAUAAACAAAGCAUGGGAAGAGUGGCGUCACAAUCUCAGUCUAGUAUUCUUAACGCUGCAAGUCACAUAGCCAAGACUAUAGAAACCUCAAGCUUCAAGUCUAUUGUUUACAUAUCUGCUGUGACAGAGAGGGAGUCUGAUGGUAUACAGUUAUUAGCAGUCACUGAAUCUGGUGUCCGCCUGUACUUUACAACUAUUCCUUUCAAACAAGAAAGAAGACGACCUACCUUUUUAUCCUUGGUUCAUGUUCGGCUCCCACCUGGCUUUUCAGCAACUUCGGCACCACAGCGGCCCUCCUCUGUUCACACGGCAUAUUACAGCAGUGGGACACUAUUGCUUGUUGCCAGCCAAAACAAAGAGAAUGAUUUGUUGUGGGGAAUCAGUCCUGAUUCUUUUCCUUUUCAAAAGCAUCUUAUGGAAUCAUAUACAACAGCUCCACUGGAGGGUAAAACUUGGGCUAUUGAUGAAGUCAUGUAUUCAGCACAUCAGGGACCAGCUCCACCUACAGGUCUUAGAGCACGCCCUGAUCCACCCAGUGUUGUCACCCAGCACGCCCACCCACCACGCAGGUAUGUGGUGCUGAGUGCACAAGGUAUCCACAUUCUCCAAAAGUUGAGGCCCCUGGAACAGCUUCGUCAGCUCUUGAUUGAUUGUAGAGGACCUGAUUCAGAGCAUGUUAAAGCUUUCUUCAGACUUCAUAAGGUUGAUCAGGCAUGUGCUACAACUCUUGUCUUGGCAUGUUCUGGAGCACCAGCUGAACAACAGGUUUCUGACUGGGCAAAGAUGGCAUUUUUCAUGUAUGGAGGGGAAGCGCAGUACAACUUCAGUGGCAUGAGGCCUGCUGCUCUAGGUGGACAUUCCUUCAGCAGCGGUGGACCUGGACACAUGUCUAACACAGUCUUGUACAGCCCUGGAGCAAUGAACAUGUCAAUGAUCCCUGGCUCUCCUAUGCAGAGUAUGACCCCACUACACAUGUCCACCCCAGCUGGACCAGGGAUGCAGUCCCAGAUGUCACUUGGACCUGCUCCCAACCCAACACAUGAAGUGGUCUAUUCUGGGAAACACAACGGCAUUUACAUCUACCUGGCCAGAAUCCUUCGACCAUUUUGGGAUAUGCCAGUUUGUACAGAAUUUGUGUCAAAGAGUAGGAAAAGGACUGUUACUUAUCUAACAAGCAGUUUCAGUGUGGAAGAACUUUGUAUGGGACUAGAGCUUGUGAGAGAUUUAUCUGAUUUUGUUGACUUCAAUUCAAAAUUUGAUCAUGAUUCUCAGACUGACAUACUAAGCAUGGGCAGGGGUUUGAGGUAUGAUGGUGGAAUGGAUGAGAACUCAAGGAAAAGGCUGCAGGCAGAUGUGCAGAGGAUGGAGAAGAUUUCCCUGCAACAUGUACAGGAGCUGCUGCACAGGCUGGAGGAGGUUCUGGGCCUGUGGAGGAUCCUUGUUGACCAUCAGUUCCACAUGCUGGUUGCAGCUAUGGCGGAGGAUAUGCAAAGCCAGUUGCGCAACAUCAAUUUUAAAACAUUGGCAACCAACGGAAAAGAUAUUUGUAGCACACUUGUUAACUGUCUAAUCAGCCGGUACCUGGAUGACAAUGCAACUAUUGAUGCUAUCAGCUCAAAGCUGAGAGAAAUUUGUCCAACUUUGUACAGCUCUGAUGAUGCCACUUGUUCUAAGGCAAAUGAGCUGCUACAAGCUGCCAAAGUGAAUCAGAACCAACAAGAAAAACAACAGCAACUUCAGCAGUCUCUCCAUCUUUUAAAGGGAGUGAAUCAGCCCCUGAAUCUUGGAGUUAUCUGCCCUCAGCUAGCUAGUCUACAUUAUUAUCUGGGUAUUGUUGAACUUGGACUUAACGAGGCCAGAAAAGCUGACCCCCAACAGCUGGCAAUACAUUUUUACCAAAAUGGAGAACCACCUGAAGACAUACAAGGCAUGCAGGCUUACAUUGCCAGGAUGGAGUGCUACAAGUGUAUCACAGACACCCUGAACUACCUCUCUGCCAGCAGCAACAGUCGCCAGACACCAAGCGUACCCAGCCAGCCUGGACCACCUGUUAGUCUGGACUCCAGUAGGGUGGACAUUGAACAAGCUGCUGAGUCCUAUAAAGAUGCAUUUCAAGCUUCACUACGAUGUGAUGACCCACUAUUCCAUGCUGCUUUAUAUGAUUGGCUGUUUGCCACAAAAAAUGCAGAAACAUUACUUGAGAUCAAUACACCAUAUGUAGAAUCUUACCUGCGUCGCAAAGUGAAUCUUCAGACAGAUAACACACUUGCCCUGGACAUGUUGUGGAAACAUUAUGAAAAAACUGAGAACUUCCAGGCUGCCACACGUAUCCUUGCCCAGCUAGCAGAGAGACAUGGUUCUCACAUCAGUCUCAAUCAAAGGUUAGACUACCUCUCUAGAGCUGUUAUCUCAGCUAAAAGCUCAACCUCCAGGCUGGGAACCUCAGCCGCCGGGGAACUUCUACAUGAACUCGAGGAGAAAAUGGAGGUUGCGAGGCUACAAAUGCAGAUUUACAAAUGUCUUUCCAAUAUGGCAGAUCCUGAGGUGGAAGUUGCAAAAAAUAGGUUGGACUCUGAGUUGCUGGACAUAACUUCACUGUAUGAAGACUAUGCUGACAGAUUCAACCUGUAUGAAGUCAAGCUGGCCAUUGUCCAUUGUGCUGGCCUGUAUGAUGCUGCCCUCAUUGAGAACUUGUGGCAGAAUAUUAUAGACAGAGAAAUUUCUCGGAGCAACCUAAUGUCCACUGGUGACAGAAUCGCCAACAUCAGCAACAGACUGUGUUCUAUAGCUCAGCUUUACAUACGCGCAGAGAGAUAUUUCCCACUAACAUUGGUGCUUCGCCACCUGGAGCAGCAUUCCUGUCGUCUUAACUUUGAUUCUCGCUGGGUCUUUAGUCUGCUGUUAGAAGUGGGUGUUGCCCCUGCAAGGCUCCUGGAACUUUAUGACAGGCUUUACAAAUCUAAGGACAUGUUAUGGCAGAACCAACAGAAGCCCUACCAUGUCCUGGUGGUCCUGCAAGCCUACAUCGAGCACCUGGCCAAAAAUCCUAACCUGAUCCCGGCCAGUGACCGCAAACGUCUGGUGCUGGCCUGUAUGGACAGUGUGGCCAACUACCUGGUGGACCUGCAGGCCACCAGCAGCACUGACCAACAGGUGCUCUCACUCAUUGCCAACUUUAAAGCCACGCAGGCCAAGCUGGAGAGGUUGUCAUCUUAGGGGAGGUAACACUGCUCAACAAGGGACAUCACUCUCUACUAUUUAUAUGUGAAGGGACUUGUACAAUUCACAUGACUAAACGGACGUAACUAUUGUCUACAAGCUCAUAGCACUGUAGUCACGAUGCUGAAUAACAAAUCAAAUCAUUGGACAAACUGAGCAUUUGUAACCUACAGUAUAGCUAAAUAAACUCAUAAAGACAUUGUAUUGUAAAUGUAUGAAUGCCAUUAUUAAUGACUUUAAAUAAAUAUUUUUUGUAUUAUGUGAAAAUAUUGAAUAAAAUGA